AUGUCAUCUCUUAAUUCCGUGUACUUGCAGCCUUUCGAGAGAUUCGUACAAACUGGUCGCAUCGCCAAGGCCUCGGCAGGACCCCUGAAGGGUCGUCUGGUGGCCAUUGUCGACGUCAUUGACCAAAACAGAGUUUUGGUUGAUGGUCCGCUGACUGGUGUUCCACGUCAGGAAUACAGAUUGAACAAUCUGCAUCUGACCAAAUACCGCAUCAAGUUCCCAUACACGGCGCCCACACGCAUUGUGCGCAAAGCCUGGGUUGACAGUGACCUGAAGGCACAGUGGAAGGUCAGCCCCUGGUCCGUCAAGGCACAGAACAUCUGCAAGCGCUCGCAAUUGAACGACUUUGAUCGCUUCAAGCUGCGCUAUGCCAAGCGCCAGCGCAACAAGCUGCUGACCAUUGCCUUCAACACACUGAAGAAGCGCACCAAGUCCGAUGGCACACCACGCAUCCUCAAGAAGGAUCGUCGCGAGCGUCUGCGCGCUGAGAAGGCCAAGGCCAAGAAGUAAACAACACAUUUAAUGAAAGUAACUGCUUGAUGAACAUCCAACACAAAGGAGCAAAUAAAAGAAGUGUUAUUUUUAGGAAAAACACA